AUGCUGGUAGUCAUAGCUAGGAAGCUCGUUAAUCGAGGUGGGAGGACCAGUGAUCUCUGCAAUUACUGGCAUUCUACACUUCCGUUGCUCGGCAUGUCAUCCCCCGCUAUAAACCAGAAUGGUUCUUUACCGGUUAAUAUGAUGAUGCAAGAGGGAAUGCAGGCUUUAUCGAAGAUCUUGAAAGGUCCGCUUCUGGAACAGAAACGAGUGAACAUGGACCAGGCCACUAUGCAGGUUUUACUUGGCCAAGGCCAAAAUAGAAAGGGACGCGAGGCUGCACAGCAUGGCGUACAUGACCUAAAUUACGAUCAAUAUGGUAUAGAUGACACAGUCCCGACAAAUCAGAUAGUCGUGGAAACUAAUCAUGAUGAAGGAAUUGACGACCCAGAAUUGCAUUUGGGUGACGAAGAAGGCGAAAUUAUAUUUGAUUGCGGCACGCAGGAGCUGGUCGGGUCGCCAGACAAAAUUGGCGAACAUAUCACACAAAUGUUAGAAUCAGUGCUACCGAAUGGGAUCCAAAGCGGGGCAGACGGCCGACUGCAUGCCGUAGUGAACGGUGACGAGCUGAAUAUCACUGAAGAAUCGUUUAUGGACUUUAAGGAGGCUAUGUCAAGUUUGGGACAAGUUCAAAAGCUGCAGCGUCACCAGAAGGAGCCAAAGCCCAGCGCGGAACGCUCGGCCGUCGAAAAGAGCUCGGAUGGAGCCCAUGAGCCUUAUCAGGGACAAGAAAUGGCGUUGUCUGAUGAGAACCACCAUCAAAAGCUUGAAAACAGCAACAGGAGAAAUCCGGUCGGUCAUCUGGAAUACGACUACCCGACGACGCAGCCGAGAAAGGCUCCAAACUUCACAGCCCUCAUGAGUGUGAAAAAGCCUCUGUGUCUUUUCUGUGAGUACUACAUGGUUUUCGGAGAGCCGCCUCGUAACAUGAUCAAAUGGUACAACAACAAUUACGAAUAUGAUGAUCUUCCGAGGACCGAAGAGAAACUACAGCAUAAGAACCGUCGUAAGAGGAAUCGUUAG